UUGUGUUCAUUUUUGUAUUACUUUUAGUGCAAUGUUUACCUGGUUAUGAGCAAUGUGCUGAUUAUAUGACAUGUGUACCUCAAACAUUCAUGUGCGAUGGAGUUAACAACUGUCAAGAUGGCUCUGACGAGAAUCUGAAACGUUGCGCAACACCUUGUGAUGGACAAUUCCUCCUGAAUGGGCCUACGGGCUCUUUCCACUCCAUUAAUUUCCCUUUGCCAUACGAUUCUGACGUUUUCUGCCGAUGGAUCAUACGCAUUCAGAAGGGGCUUUCCAUUAAAAUAAAUUUUCCUGCAUUUGUAACAGAAGAAAUAACAGAUGUUUUGAAUCUGUAUGAAGGCACUGGUCAAAACAAAGUUCUGAUGUAUUCACUGUCUGGUUCUACUCCAGGAUCUGUAAGGAUAAUGUCUAGUGAAGCAACUGUAGAAUUUCUUUCAGAUUAUAUCAACAAUGUCAAUGGCUUUAAUGCAACAUAUGAAGCAGAAAACAUCAGUAUUCUUACCAAUGAGAGGAAGAUCAAUUGUUCUUUUGAAGAAGGCUGGUGCUACUGGAGACAAGACCCCAAGGAUAAUGGAGAAUGGAUGAGAUUAAAUGGGCCGACAUUUCCACCAUUUUCCGGACCUAAUUUUGAUCAUACAUUUAUGAACGAAUCAGGGUUUUAUCUGAGCACUCCUACAGGGUUUGGAAACCAAAUAAGAAGUUUUAGACUGUACAGUCUCCCUUUAGCUGCUGCAAUCCAACCACUUUGUCUAAGUUUCUGGUACCACAUGUACGGCAAUGAUGUCUACAGGUUGAGAGUUAAUAUCUCAAAGGUACAGAGCUUGCCGAAAAUCAUUUUUAAAAAAGAAGGAAACUAUGGUGACAGCUGGCAUUAUGGACAGAUCACGUUAAAUGAGACUGCAGAUUUUACAGUUGUUUUUGAAGCACAAAAGAACAUAGGCCUGAGAAAUGAUAUAGCAAUUGAUGACAUUGGACUUACAAACGGCAGCUGUGUAGAAGGUGUUUACCCAGAACCCACUCCUGUUCCGCCACCUACAACCCUGCCUCCACAACCCACGGACUGUGGAGGGCCUUUUGAACUUUGGGAUUCAAACUCAACAUUUAGUUCGGCCAGUUACCCCAGAAAUUAUAUGAACAAUGCAUUCUGUGUUUGGUAUCUAAAUGCAGACGAGGGUAAAAACAUCAAGCUACAUUUCUUGGACUUUGACUUGGAAGAUAUUUAUGAUGUUGUUGAAGUGAGAGAUGGGAGAGGAGAUGAUUCUUUACUGUUAGAUGUGUAUACAGGAAAAACACCGUUUCAGGAUGUGUACUCCACAACAAACCACAUGACAGUGCUCUUCACUACAGACAAGUCCACAACCAGAAAGGGCUUUCUGGCAAAUUUCACAACUGGUUACAACCUUGGCAAGCCAGAAUCUUGUUCUUCAAGUGAUUUCCAGUGCACCUCUGGAGAAUGUAUUGCAAAUGGCAGCCUCUGUGAUGGUCACCCAGAUUGCCCUGAUGUCUCAGAUGAAUCUAACUGUGUACUUCUGCAAAAUGGCACUCAAUCCACCAAUGGGAAAGUGCAACUCAUGAUGCGGAGUGAGUGGUACACCGUUUGUGCUGAAUACUGGACCAACCAGCUCUCAGAGUUCAUAUGUCAAUAUCUAGGCUUUGGGACUGGCAAUGCAACCCUGGUUCCAUCUCCUGAUGAUGGAAACACCUUUGUAACAGUGAGACAAGCAGAAAAUGGUAGUUUAGUGCUCACUCCCAGUGAUCAAUGUGCAAAUGGAUCUGUUGUAUAUCUAAGAUGCAUCACCAAGCCUUGUGGAACUAGAAUGGUAUUGCAUAAGAACGAUGGGAAGAUUGUUGGUGGAGAGAAUGCUAAGCAAGGGGCUUGGCCUUGGAUAGUAUCCCUCCAUUUCAAAGGACAACAUGUUUGUGGUGCUGCUCUUGUUAACAAUGAGUGGCUUGUGUCAGCAAGUCACUGUGCUUAUGGGAGAAAUGUUCAUCCUUCAGAUUGGGAAGCGGUCAUUGGUCUUCACACACAGCUCAAUUUAACAUACCCACAGACUGCAAUCCGCCGGAUUGACCGCAUUGUGAUGAACCCUCAGUACAACAAGAGAACAAAGGACAGUGACAUCACCAUGAUGCACCUGGAACAUAAAGUGAACUUUACAGAUUACAUUCAGCCAAUAUGUCUUCCAGAGAAGGAGCAAAUGUUUAAACCAGGAAUGAAAUGUUUAAUUGCUGGAUGGGGUAAAGUUGUAGAGCAAGGAUCUGUUGCAAAUAUCUUACAAGAAGCAGAGAUCCCUCUAAUUACAAAUGAGAAGUGUCAGCAACAGUUGCCUGAAUAUAAUAUUACACAAAGAAUGAUGUGUGCGGGCUAUGAACAAGGAGGUGUAGACUCCUGCCAGGGAGACUCAGGUGGACCCCUGAUGUGCCAGGAAGAUACCAGGUGGAUAUUAGCAGGGGUGACUUCUUUUGGGUAUGGGUGUGCUAGGCCCCAGCGCCCAGGUGCAUACGUCCGUGUCACACAGUUUGUUGAUUGGAUACACAAUAUUCUUAACUAAUCACUAAGGAUUCACAAUCAUUUUUGUCAUUAAUCUGCAUCAAAAUAGUUAGGUUACCAUACUUAUAAAACAAACAAAAAUUGAAUUCACAUUAAGUUUUGGGCUUUACAUUACUCCCCAAAGACAGUUCUGAAGGAAUGAUAGGUGGAAUUGUGAAAUGGACACAGAUCUCUAAAACGCAUUUAAAUAUCUUUCAGAAUUGUCUACUGAAGUGUGGUCCAUACACCUCUUACUGAAAGUGUUAUGACAGGUUUCCUAUUUGUUGUCCAACUCCUAUGAAACCCAGUUUGAUGAAUAUUCAACAUUAUUCUAAACAAUACCGAACCUUUAUACCACCUACUGACAGCUUUUGACUUUGAGAGUUUGCAAAAACACUGUGCA